AUGUCCAACCCAGAUAACUGUCCGAACUGUGAUAAUAUUUACGGUAAUGAACCGCGGAAAAUUCCCUGCGGACAUAUUGUUUGCCAUAAAUGUUGUUUGGAACUGUUCAAUAAAGAAGACAAUACACUUAUUUGUCCCGUAUGCGAUGUAACACAUUCGUUCAAAUCGAAAAAUAUCUUCAAGAAAUCAUUACAACAAGUAGCACAUUCCGGUUUUGGAAAGAAAACAGCGAUACGUGAAGUCGCGUUCGCAUCAUCCAUGCCAGUAGAAAAGGCAUCGGGCGCUGAGAAAUCGGUACUGAAGGAAGUGAAAAAAGCAGCAGCCCAUUUACCAACAGCUCCACCAGGUGCGCCACCAGAAGGAGCACCAGCGAAUACUACACCUCCUCCUUCUCAUCCAUCACCACCACCGCCACCACCACCACCACCUGCAUCGGUACCAGAAUCCAUUACAGUUGCUCCAAAACCGCCGCCACCGGUACCCUUGAUGCCACCAAGGUCUUCUGCAGCGGAAAAUCUGGCAAAAUCAGUAAAACUAAAAACAUUUUUGGGCAGCAGCACACCUCCACCUUCUCUAAUGAAUGGUAUUAUUUCCUCACCAGUACCAACGCCGUCGCCACCACCGCCGCCGCCGCCGCCCCCAAUGCAAUCAUCCUCUGGAUUUGAGGCCGUCAUUGCCCGCUGCCAUAGUUGUGGUAAAAAAUGCCAAGUGAUCGUUUGCGAACACUGUGAUCAUUUUGUAUGCUUCAAAUGUGCUGAAGAACAUCGAGUAACAACGAAAGUCGAUACACAAGAGCUGGCUAAUAAAUGGCAAACUUGUAAAAAUAAAUACAGUACUUUACUUCAAAAACUAAAUCAAUACAGUCGUGAUCGAACUCAAAUCGAAAGUGAUCUUGCUGCCAUACGUGUUGCUAUUGAACAACGUACACGUGAUGCGACACAACUUGUGAUUCAACAACGUGAUCUUCUAAUUGGACGAAUCAAUGAACACAUUGAAAAUGAACAGACUGUGAACAGUAUUAAACAUAGCGAACUAGCAAAUGCCUUUCAACAGAUACAAAUUCGAUAUGAAAACGCCUUAAAUGGUGGAGACAUCGGCUCUUAUACUCAAGAUGAUUUCUUGCGUGACAUUCGUGAACUUCAAAAUCGAAUGAGUAAACGUAACGAUAUAAUUGAUACGCACAUCUUAAAAAUUCCAACUGUCGCGCGAUACGAACGUGUAUCAAUCGAGAAAUUACUGGGUGAACUUCGUUUUAACUCUCCUAUGAUGAAUUCGCUUCCUAAUCUAACCAUUUCUUCUCUAUUGGACCAUCAACAUUUGCCUAAACAAAAUGGAUUUCUGGAUCAUUCAUCGAUAUUUCCGAAUAAAUUUACGCCGAAUCUAUCACCAAAACUUCCGCCAGGAAUGCCUCCGCCAUUGGUGAACACGAUCACGCCACCGACGAAUCACAUUGCUUCGGCAACAACCGAUGCGCAUAUAGUAAAGCCGCUGAUGGCCGAAACACGCCCAAAUAGUACACUCGAUCCAUUCGAUGAAUUUCGUCGAAUGGCCGCUCAGAUUCAUCAUGAAUUUAAUGCACCAUACAGUAAAGUAAUCAAUGCUGGUUCGUCGCCGGCGCAUCCUUCGUCAUUCGCUAUGGCAGCAGCUGAUGGGAAUCCGACGACGAAUGGAAACGAGAAAUCUGCAAAAACACUGCCAGCUACUGCUGCCGCGCAAAAUAAAACUCCUUCUACUAGUACAUUUACUAAAUCAUGGAAAGUCGAGCAUACCGCUGUACCUAACUUUCUAUGUAUGACACCUUAUCCCACACCAAAAAUCUUUGUAGUUGAUAAAUAUGGUAAAGUGUCCGUGUGCAGCAUUCCGCCCAAACCAAUCAAACCAUUUGACUCUUAUACAUUGUUUCCUAAUGAUACGGAUGAAUGGAUCGAAUCGGUUGUUGCUUCAUCUCGAUUUCUUAUUGUUUAUUCUCGGAAAAAGCAAGACACAAUGACUGGUACACUAUAUUUUUUUACUCACGAAUGCAAACCGGUUUUACCCAAUGGUAUUCACCAGAACAUUCCUGUUCAUCAUAUUUUGUGCGAUCAGAAUGCCAAUCGACUCUACUGUUUGGAUCGAAUGCGCUGUACCAUCUACUAUCAUACAUUACCGAAUAGUUUGGGAGAAAUUGAAACUUGUAUGAAGACCCGACGUGAUUUCACACAAUUCAAUUCUAAUUAUACGGCUGUGAAAAUGCUACAGAACGACGAUAUUUUAGGAUUUUAUGAACGAAAUGAUUGUACCGUUCAUUUAUAUGAUAAACAAACAGCUGAAAAAAUCGAAGAAUUCAAAUGCGAACAUUUUAUGGAUAAAUUCGAAAGUUGGGGAAUCGUCGCAAUUCGCAAAGACAAUAACAGUCUCAUAUUUAAAAUUGAUGAACGUGCUGACCACGAUGCUGUGACUCGUCAACAUAUUGUUUACGAAGUACAUCGAGCAACAAAACAAAUCAUCAGUAAAAUUCAACUCAAUUCCGUGUUCGGAAUGAUCAUCGGACCGAACAAUGAAGUCAUUUUGGGUAUUCGUCAAACAAAAGAAAGUGGCAUUGUUCAAUGUUAUGAUGCCAGACAAUUGCGGUGUGGUCAUUCAUUUUGUUAUCAAUGUAUCGUUUCACAUUUCGAACCAACAUCCAAUAGAAUUAUUUGUUCGCGAUGCAAACGUAUUCAUCAAUUCGAUUCUUUUACACAGUUUGAAACAAGUUUGAUUGUCGAUGCCUUCGUUAUGUCAUUAGUCGGUGAACAUCGACGCAAAAAAUCCAUUUCAACUGCUCCAUUGCUUGCAUUCACACUCGAGCAAAUCCUUGAACGAAGUCCAGCGCCAUUUCUCAUUGCUAAAUGUGCGCAAUGCACACUUCGAAAAGAACUGGUUGUUUGUCCGGAAUGUGAACAAGUUAUUUGUUUUGAAUGUAUUUCUCAGCACCAAUUAAUUGUAAAUAAUAAUGUUCAACAAAGUUGGAUGACAUGUAAACAAAUGUGGAAUUAUAUGUACGAAAAGUCCAUACUUUUCGAUGAACAACAAUUUGAUCUUGAAUCUCACAUGUACGAAUUGAAAUCUCGAAUCGAAAAACGGUCGAAUUUUCUUCUACAAACAAUCGAAAAGUGGCGAGAGAUUUACUUACGUAAAAUCAAUCAAUAUGCGCAGAAAUAUGAGAGUAUUCGGGAGGAUAUUGCAUCACAGUUUCAAUCGAUUGACCAACGUAUUCAAGUCUUUCUCUCUUUGACAGAUCCAGAUCCGAUAAAAGCGGAAUGUUUCCUCGAAGAAAUCAAUGGUUUCAGAAUGAAUUUACGACAAAAACAUAAACAGAUCGAUCUGUAUUCACACCAGUUACCCAAGUAUUCCACGUCAGAUUUGAAUUCAUCGUUACUCGGAGCAAUUUCUAUUCAAACAUCUGUUGAACAUCUACGUACUUCCAUCGAUGAUGAUAACAACGAAGAAAAUACAAACAACGAAGAGGAAUCCGUCGAAAUCAACGAUAAUGAAAGCGUCAAGUCAGAUGAAACUCCACAACAAAUCAAUCAAGGAGACGAAACUCCAACGCCAACGAACAAGACAUUAUUGGAGAAUAUCUCAAAUAAAAAACUUCUUUGGUCUAUACAUUUCAAAUUCGUUCCACAAUAUAUCGUACUCUAUCGGCAAUCAAUCUUAUUUGCAUCAGAUCGUUGGGGUUUUGUCAGCACAUGGACAUACACCAAUGCACGUACUAAACCAACACCAAAGAAAUCCUUUGUUCUUUUUCCACAGUUUCGAGUUGGAACAUGGUCUCGUGUUUACGUCGAAUCAUUCAGUGUUUAUAAACCAUACAUUUGUGUUUUUGUCAAAGGAUCAGACGAAUCACUUUCUAAUUUUAUCGCAUUUUUCACCCAUACAGGACAAUUACAAAUGAAAGUCGAAUACGAGCAUCGAUACACACUUCGACAAUUGAUCUGCGAUGAAAGUCCCAAAGGAAAUUGUAUAUACCGCGGUAUGCAUUGCAUUUACAAACAUGAUCUACCACGAACUACUCAAGAAAUCCAGUCAUUCUUGGCGACACAUAAAUCAACGACUCGCUUAAACGAUCGAACGUGUGAUGUUAUUCGAAUGGCUAUCAAUCAAAAUCUUCUCGCGAUACUUGACUCUCGAACGCAAAUAGUAACUUUUUUUGAUAAAUUGACUCAAAAAGAAGUCGGUGUUUAUGCAGCAGAUUAUUUGCCAACCGGUGAUAAUAAAUUAUGGCGUGUAGAAAUCUUUCCGGAUAAUAGUCUCCUGUUACGCUUCGACGAUAACGAACGCACCGGUGAUCGUUCACAAGUGAUUCACCACGUAGUUGUACAUGUGCGACGGAAUGAAAGCAAUGGAAAUUACGAAGCGGUUUCACAAAUUCAAGCAACGAAUGUUUACGGCUUUGCUAUUGGUUCCGAGUCGGAAGUGAUUGUUGGCUUAAGGAAAGCAAAUUGUUUCGAAGGUCUCAUAAAUUGCUACGUCUGA